AAUAUAAAUAUAAAAAUUGUAAAAACCCAAAAAAAAAGGGAAAAUCUUAGGAAGAGAGAGAUGGAAGGUAGUAGUGGAGAGAGAAAGACUGUUCGUUCGUUUGUUCGUAGCAGCUCCUUUAAUCAAUUCCCACAAAAACAACAAUCACAAUCCCUUUUUAUAAUUUUAUUAUUACACCAACUGUUUUAUUUCUCUUUAUUAUUUUUACGAUAGUAUUAUUAUUAAUUAUUUUCUAAGAGAAACAAAUAACUGUGUUGAACAAUACUACAAAUUUUGUUGCUUUAAUUCUUCUAAUACUUCUACUUGGUUGCUAUCAUUAUUAUAUUUUAUUAUCGUAAUUCCCCAAAAUCUUACCCAAUUCAACAAGCAAAGCAAUCUUCUCUUGUUCGUGAAUCACAACCAAUUAAUCAGUUUCUAGAGAGAGACUACUUUUUGGUAUUAGAGAGAGAAAGUGUGGUCUCACUGAUUUCUGAUUUUUUUUGGAAAAUUAUUAAUGCAAUUUAUACCUCUCUUUUUUUCUUUCUAUCUUUCUACCUCUUUUUUUAUUCGUUGUCAAAAUACCUAACUUCUGAUUUUCAUUCAAGUUUUGUUUUUUGCGUUGAUUUGCAAAUACCCAAUUCGAUUUGGGGUAUUUGCUCAUCUGGGUCGUUGUUGAUUUUGUUAUUUGGUAAUUUUAGAUCGGUUUUCGUCGAUUUCUAGGGUUUUUGUGUUGAAUUUGGGGGAAUUUUGUAAUGGAAGGUGGGAGUUGUUCUGAUGGAGAAAAGAAACCGCCUGAAAGUGGUGGUGGUGGUGGUGGCGGCGGAGGCGGCGGAGGUAGUGGUGGAGGUGAGCCUAAAACUAAGAGAAAGAUGAAGACGGCUUCUCAACUCGAAGUUCUUGAGAAAACCUAUCAAGUUGCGACAUACCCAUCAGAAGCAUUGAGGGCAGAGCUUUCUGUUCAAUUAGGGUUAACUGAUCGGCAAUUACAGAUGUGGUUCUGUCAUAGGAGGUUAAAGGACAGGAAACCGCAAUCAGCAGGUGGCAGUGGUUCAGGAAAGAGGGCAAAGAAGGGGGAGGCGGCGGCAUCGGCUGCUGCUGCUGUUACUGCCACGGUUGGCCCUCCUACAGUUGUUACUCAGGCAAUCCUACCGGCUGUGGGUCCCAAAGAGGAGAUGUUGGGUGCUGAGUUGGGUAAUGAACAUGGGUCAGGGUCUGGAUCGGGGUCUAGUCCUUAUGGCCAUAUGGACCCACGCCGAGCAUAUGUGAGCCGCCCUGGGGUUGCUUUGCCUAGACUUAGUGGGCAUAAGAGGUACUAUGAGCAGCCUCAAUCGGUAGCCGAGCUUCGGGCUAUUGCAUUUGUUGAAGCGCAGCUUGGGGAGCCACUUAGGGAUGAUGGACCUGCUCUUGGGAUGGAGUUUGAUCCAUUGCCUCCUGGCGCUUUUGGUGCUCCAAUUGCAACUUCAAUCACACCACAAAAGCCAACUGGACGAACAUAUGAGUAUGAGCGCUCUGAUGCUAAACCAGUCAAGCAGGGCUCUAGUAGAGCUCCACAUGAGUACCAGUUUCUUCCUGAGCAACCAACUGUAAGAAGUGAAUCGUAUGAAAGAGUGGCUCAAUCUCACUACUAUGGCUCACCUUCUGAUGGGCCGGGAACCAAGACUCCUCCAUUAUCUAGUGGACGCUCAUACAUUCAUGGUUAUGAAGAAGUGCCUGUGGUAUAUGGUGUUCCAAAUCAGAUGCCAAAUUUAAAUUUGAUGUCUCAAGGAAAGGGGGGUAGCCUCUUGCCGUCCACUUCAGGGGACUAUGAAACCAUUGCCCGGAAGUCUCCCUAUAUAAAUAUGGGUAUGGAGUCACCUUUUACUGCACACCCAAACUCAUUGGACAAUGCACUUAUCCCAUCCGAGAGGCGCGUGACCCAAGAAGAGGAUGCUGGGAGGUUGGAAAGGAAGCGGAAGAAUGAAGAAGCAAGAAUAGCCAAAGAAAUUGAAGCCCAUGAGAAAAAAAUGCGGAAAGAACUAGAGAGGCAAGAUAUUUUGAGGAGGAAGAGAGAAGAACAAAUGAAGAAAGAUAUGGAGAAGCAAGAUCGCGAGCGAAGGAAGGAAGAGGAAAGGCUAUUGCGUGAAAAGCAGCGGGAAGAGGAACGAUACCAGCGGGAGCAAAAGCGUGAAAUGGAGCGACGAGAAAAGUUUUUGUUGAAAGAGUCGAUUAGAGCUGAGAAAAUGAAGCAAAAGGAAGAACUGCGUAGGGAAAGAGAAGCAGCUAGACAGAAAGCUGCUAAUGAUAGAGCUGUUGCAAGAAGACUUGCCAAAGAAUCGACGGAGCUUAUUGAAGAUGAGAGAUUGGAGCUGAUGGAGAUAGCCGCUUCAAGAAAGUGCUUAACAUCCAUAUUGUCACUUGACAGUGAAACUUUGCAAAAUCUUGAUUCGUUUAGAGAUAUGCUGCGGGUGUUCCCACCAAAGUCCGUGCAGCUGAAGAAGCCGUUUGCAAUGCGGCCAUGGAUGGGUUCCGAAGAAAAUGUGGGAAAUCUUUUGAUGGUCUGGAGAUUUCUAAUUACAUUUGCUGAUGUUCUUGGAUUGUGGCCAUUUACUCUAGACGAGUUCGUGCAAGCUUUUCAUGACUAUGAUCCUCGCCUACUUGGAGAAAUACAUGUAUCUCUUCUGAGAACUAUCAUCAAGGAUGUUGAGGAUGUUGCUAGAACACCGACUACAGGGCUUGGUGUAAACCAAAACAAUGUGGGUAAUCCUGUUGGCGGACAUCCUCAGAUUGUUGAAGGGGCAUAUGCAUGGGGUUUUGAUAUACGCAGCUGGCAGUGCAACUUAAGUCCAUUGACAUGGCCAGAAGUUCUCCGGCAAUUUUCUCUUUCUGCAGGUUUUGGGCCAAAACUUAAAAAAAGAAAUGUUGAGCAGGCAUAUUCACGCGAGGAAAAUGAGGGCAAUGAUGGUAUUGACAUAAUAUCUAAUUUACGUACCGGAGCAGCAGUUGAAAGUGCUGUGGCUAUUAUGCGGGAGAGGGGUUACUCUAACCCACGCAAGUCAAGGCAUCGACUCACUCCUGGCACAGUCAAAUUUGCUGCUUUUCAUGUUUUGUCUAUUGAGGGGGCAAAUGGACUUAAUAUAUUGGAAGUUGCUGAUAGGAUACAGAAAUCUGGACUUCGUGACUUGACCACAAGCAAGACCCCUGAAGCAUCAAUUGCAGCAGCAUUAUCUAGAGAUACGAAACUUUUUGAAAGAACUGCACCUUCAACGUACUGUGUGCGCUCUCCCUACAGGAAGGAUCCUGUUGAUGGAGAAGCCAUUUUAUCUUCUGCCAGGGAAAAAAUUCAGAUAUUUAAAAGUGGUUUUGUAGAUGGAGUAGAGGCAGAUGUUGAUGGGAUGGAGGUUGAUGAUGUUGAGAAGGAUGAAGACUCUGAAAGCGAUAUUGCUGAAGAUCCUGAGAUUGAUGAUUUGGGUACUGAGCUGACUCCAAACCUAGAUGUAAAUCCUCCUUAUGACGGGAAUAGUUGUGUACCAAAAGUUGAUCCAGACAAUGUUAGUAGGGAUUUGCAUUCCCAUGUUGAUAACACAUCUAAUGGACUUGCAGACACCAGUGGUGCUUUGUCUUCAGCUCAUUUGGAAAGCUUUAAGGAGAUGAGUGAUAAUGGAUGUUUUGUUGAGGAUUCUGUGGAUGUUGGCGGAAUUUGCCAAGAGGGCAAUAAUACUGAUCAUGAAGACACUGAUAUUGAUGAAAGCUUUCGUGGUGAACCUUGGGUUCAAGGACUUAUGGAGGGAGAAUACUCUAAUCUUAGUGUUGAAGAGCGCCUCAAUGCUCUUGUUGCCCUUAUUGGUGUGGCUACUGAGGGAAACACAAUCCGAGUUGUUCUAGAGGAGCGUUUAGAAGCAGCAACGGCACUGAAAAAGCAAAUGUGGGCUGAAGCUCAGCUGGAUAAGCGCCGCUUGAAAGAGGAGUAUCUGAUGAAGACUCCUUAUGCAGCAUAUGUCACAAACAAGACAGAAUCAAACACAAUGGCAUCUGCACCUGAUAGUAGGCAGAGUCCGAUGCUUGCUUUUGAUGAAAAUAGUACUGAGCCUAUGGUUAAUCCUGAAAUGCAGCAAAAGCCAAUUUUUGAUUCCCAUAAUGAUAAUAAUUUACAAGCAGACCUCCCCUCUGAGAAGAAUUUGACAACACCAAACCUUGCUGCGGGUUCAGAUAAUCUUGCUUUGCAGCAGUCUGUGUAUGCUGCUGAGAGGUGCCGUGCUCAGUUGAAGUCUUAUAUUGGCUACAAAGCUGAGGAAAUGUAUGUUUAUAGGUCAUUACCUCUUGGUCAGGAUCGUCGACGAAAUCGCUACUGGCAGUUUAUUGCGUCUGCUUCUUGUAAUGAUCCUGGUGCUGGCAGGAUAUUUGUUGAAUUGCAUAAUGGUGGUUGGAGGCUUAUUGAUUCUGAAGAGGGUUUUGAUGCUCUCUUAGCUUCAUUGGAUGUACGUGGGGUUAGAGAAUGUCAUUUGCAUGCAUUAUUGCGAAAAGUUGAGUCUCUGUUUAAGGAGUCCAUUAGAAAGCAGCCUAACAUGGAUAGACAGAACACUGUUUCCAUUAAAGCCGAAGCUUCUGAAGUACAUUUUAACCCUGAAAGCAGUGGUGGUACUGAUAGCCCUAACAGUACUGUUUGUGCAUCAAAUUCUGAGGUGCCUGAACCCUCAUCGUCAUUCAAGAUUGAGAGUGGUAGAAACAAUCUUGAAGUAAAGAAUACCUUUAAAAGGUACAAAAAUUUUGAAGAGUGGAUGUUUAGAGAAUGUUUCUCUUCCUCGGUUUUAUGUGCCACUAAGUAUGGGAAGAAGAGGUGUAUGGAGUUGGUGUGCAGAUGUGAUUCUUGCCAUGAUGUAUACUUUUUCGAAGAGAAUCACUGCCCUUCAUGCCAUAAAACAUAUAGUGUAUUUGACCAGAGCUUUAAUUUCUCUAAUCACGUAGCCCAAUGCCAGGAGAUUAAAGUUAAUCUUGAGUGGAACCUCCAGCGUCUAGAAUAUCCUCCUCCAAGAAUUAGAUUGAUCAAGGCCCUCUUAGCUCUAGUGGAGGUUUGCAUCCCUCCUGAAGCCCUUCAACCUGUUUGGUCAGAUGCCUAUCGAAAAUCCUGGGGUAUGAAGCUACAUAUUUCAGCAUCCGCAGAAGACCUUCUACAGGUCCUUACAGUACUUGAAGGAGUGAUAAAGAGGGAUUUCUUGCUGUCAAAUUUUCAGACAACAAGUGAAUUGUUGGCUUCCGAUAAUGCUAAUGCUACUGGGUAUGUUAACGAUUCCACAAAUUUUGGCACUGUGACUAUGCUUCCAUGGGUACCCCAAACAACAGCAGCAGUGGCUUUACGGCUCAUGGAACUUGAUUCAGCAAUUUCAUAUCUGCCUGAUCAGAAACCAAAGGAUACAGAGCCUAGGCACUUCCUGAAUCUUCCUUCCAAGUACGCUGUUGUGAGAACUGUCCAAGAUGAUGAGCUUGCUGGUCCACCAGGUGACCAUCAACAGGAAGAUGCAUGGUUUGAUCACGGUGAUCUUGGAUUUGCUUCUAUACGCGGUAGUCGUGGCCGUGGCCGUGGUGGUAGAUCCCGUGGUGGUAGAUCCCAAAGAAGGGUUGCUAACUCCCGAGGUGGUGGACCUAGCAGAGGGUUAGCCUCUAAUGAGAGACUUGGCGAGGUACUUGGUGGAUGGAAAGGCCGCAGUAGUCGUGGUAAAGGAGGAUGUAAGCGUGGUCGUCGCUCUGUCCGAAAGAAGCAGAAACCUGUUAAAAAGGUGGCAUCUUCUGUUGGUGGAAGGAGUCUGCCUGAGCCAAUUAUCUUCGAUAAAUCUCCUCCUGGUUUCUCUGGAAGGGGUGAAUGGAAUCAUGUUAAGAGUAGACCGAUGCAAGUGGAUGAGAUUGAUGUCAAUGAUGAUAGCAACUCAGAGCGAUCAGACUAUGAUGAUGAUUAUAAUGGCCAAGCUUCAGGGGAUGAGUAUGAUGACAUGGCCAUUGAUGAUUAUACUGCUGUCUAUAAUGGCAGACCUCAUUUAAGUGAUUAUAAUGUUGAUGAUAUCGAUGAAGAGUAUGAUGAUCAAGAUGAAGUGGGAGAUGAUCGUGAUGAAAUCGGAGAUGAUGAUCACCGUGAUGAAGUUGCAGAUGAUGUGGAUGAAGAUGAUGUGGAUGAAGACGAUGUGGAUGUUGAUGAUGGUGAAUAUGAACAAGGCGAAUUAGAGGAUGUUGGAGGAUAUUUGAAUGCAGAUUCUGAAGACGAGAUAGAGGGGAAUGGAGAUGAAGUUGGAAUGCGUGAUGAUAGGGAUCAAGAUGACACAUCUGAAUCUGCAUCAACUGAUUAUAGUAGUGAUUAGGGUAUUUACUUAAUAUUAUUAGCUUCAAGGAAGAGAGUAUUUUUUUUGGCGAAUGUAUUUUGUAAGGUUUAGAGAUCUACUUCUUUCUCUUUUUGUAAAUGUGGGGCAGUUUAGAAACAAUUAGUCCCAUCUGAUCGUAAUGUUGAUCAGAUGUGGCUGCAAACUGAAGUGAAUGCGGGUUAUGGUCCGUGUAAUAAUUACAAGUACAUUUUGCAUUAUAUCAGAAGUUUUAGUGAAUCAGAAAUUUGUCUACCUUGUAUUGUUAUAUGGACUAUAUGCGAGCAAGAUGGCUUAAUUGAUGAAAGCGUGCUCGGACAGUAUAUCUUUUAUUUCAA